ACAGACAUAAACAAUCACUUGUGUUCUAAAAUUGUAAAUUUAAAUAGUUUAAAUAAAUAACAAUUUUUAAAAAAUUAUUAUUUUCAUUAAUUUAAAAAUUGCCAAAUAAUUAAUCAAUAAACAAUGACGUCGGAAAAUUCUGGUCUUUCAAUUACAAUUGAAUUUGGUGGAGGUGCUGAGCUUCUUUUUGAUAAGAAAAAAAAACAUCAAGUUAAUUUACCUGGAGACAAAGAGUGGACAUUGCAAAAUUUAAUUUUUUGGAUGAGAGAUAAUUUAUUGACUGAAAGGGAAGAGUUAUUUAUGCAAAAUGAGACAGUACGUCCUGGAAUCCUGGUGCUUGUGAACGAUGCAGACUGGGAACUUUUGGGACAAGGAGAAUACAAGCUGUGUUCAAAUGAUACUGUACUGUUUAUAUCAACACUUCAUGGUGGUUAAAAUAAUUUUGUCAACAGGCAUUAAUUAAAUAUCAUUAACAAUACAUCAACACAAAAUAAAAAAAAUAAUCGUGAUAAAUUUUAAAAAGUGGAUAGAAAAGAAAUGGAAUGUGUUGAUCAGCAAUUUGAAAAUAUACAAAAGAAGAUAAUAAAAUUGCCUAAGAGCCAAGUAAAAGUAAAAACGUAAUAGCCAUAAUAUAAGGGUCGUGAAAGAAAACUGGAAAGGUUGACACUUUGGAUACUUGCCAAGUGUUCUUCUAUUGCAAUAGUCUUUAUUUAUUUUUUUUUUUUUACUUUUCUCACUCUUGAAUUUAACUCAAGUAUAAUUUUACCUACUUGGAAUUUUUUCUUCUUUCUUUCUCAUUUCUAUAUUCA